UACACUUGCGAGCAGUUCGUUCAUUUUAAAGUUUGUCAAAAUGUGUGGGGAAAUGGGUAAAGCGGUGUUGAGAGCGCUCACCGGCGCGCUCUUGUGCGGUCUCGUGUCUGAUGCCGCGUACUUGCAACAAUACGACCCAUAUGAGCAGUACGAGCAGGCAGUCAUACGUCCGAAACCCCUCAGAGAGCACGAGAAGCCUCAAGACUUGAGGAACGUCCCCGGCACGCCAGGAGUUGACUUCCCGAUAUACCACAGCGUGCCUGAUACCAGCUUCUCGUGUGACCACGUGCCGGUGAGGCCGGGGAUGUAUGCUAAUGUGGAGACGGGUUGCCAGGCUUACCACGUAUGCCAUGACGGUCGCGAAGGACAGCAAGGAGCUUCGUUCCUCUGCACCAAUGGAACACUCUUCGACCAAGCUAAAUUCGCCUGCGAUUGGUGGUACAACGUCGACUGCUCUAAGGCCAUCACGCUUUAUAAGUUAAACGCAGAUCCUUACCACAACCCGUACAUACCAAAACCAAAACCUGAAGAAGUGGCACCGGCUCACGGAAUCUUCUACAGAAAAAUAUAGAUAUAAGCAGAAAACUAAAACUCGCCAUUAUUGUAGAAAAUAUCAUAUAAGUAAUUUGGUCAAAUAGGAAAACCCAACGAAAAAUCAUAGCAAUCACUCAUAAUUUUUCAGCGCUCAAAUUUUUAAAAUCACAUCUCAUUUGAGUUUCAACUCUAUUUCUUUAGCUAUAGAGUUCACUUUCGCUAACAUGUUUCACUAUAUCACAUGCUCUCACCAACAUUCGGUACUAGAAGUAAUUUAUUUUAUUUAAAUAAUAAAAUACUUUUUCAUGGACAUCAUUCAUUUUCACAAUUUUUGGACUGAAAUAUAUAAUUUUAUCACGCUAUGCUGAGUUCGUUGAUAUUUCGUAGUGUGUACGUGCGUGCGAUGAAGUAGUAGGGUCGCCAUGCUUUUAAGAAAAUUGGAGCUUAAAAUUUAAAAAGCAAUUUUCGAAAAAGUUCUACUUUUAUGAACAAAUACCUACUGUAUUGUGAAUAAAGGAAAAUACGGUUUGACUUUUGGAAGCUUAAAGAUUUUAGUCUCAUAAUGUAUGUCAAGAAAAGUGGUCCAUGUAUGUAGUAUGUAGUUGUUAUGAUAUGGCAACCCUACUUCAUAUUAUUUUGUAGAUUUGUUAGUGUUAACGGAGAAAUUAAAAGUUAACAAUCAUCACUACGGAUUUAAGAUUUCAUAUUCAUCCUCUAACAUUGUAUUUCCAUCGUAAUUUCAUUAGCAAAUAGGUCAUUGAACUUUCGUUAGCUAAGAAAAAUUUUGUAACAUAUUUUUUC